CACACACACACACCCCUCCCCCUGCUGUCAGUCUGUAAUCCUCUCUCUUUCUCUCUCUCUCUCUCUCUCUCUCUCUCUCUCUCUCUCUCUCUCUGCGGUCAUCAUGGCGGAAAUCAAAACGGGAAUUUUCGCUAAAAACGUCCAGAAAAGACUUAACCGCGCGCAGGAGAAGGUGCUGCAGAAACUGGGAAAAGCAGACGAGACCAAAGAUGAACAGUUUGAACAAGUGGUCGUCAACUUCAGGAGACAGGAGUCUGAAGGCACUCGGCUGCAGAGGGAGAUGAAGGCCUACAUGGCUGCCAUUAAAGGGAUGCAGCAGGCCUCCAUCAACCUGACUCAGUCUCUGCAUGAGGUCUACGAACCCGACUGGCACGGGAAAGAUGAUGUCAUGGUCAUUGGGAAGGACUGUGAUGCAAUGUGGGAAGACUUCCAUAACAAACUGGUGGACUCAACGCUGCUGAACCUGGACGAGUACCUGCUGCAGUUCCCAGACCUCAAAACUCGUGUGGCCAAAAGAAGUCGGAAACUAAUCGACUACGACAGCGCUCGCCAUCACAUGGAAACUCUGCAGGUAGCAGGGAUGAAGAAUGACCGCAAGGUGAUGAAGGUGAGUCAGUUAAAGGUCCAGAUGUUACCUGCCACCUGUUCAGCUGCCGUCCAUCCUGUUAAACUCACCUGUUUCUGUUUGAAGGCAGAAGAAGAGUUGAAAAAGGCUCAGAAAGUCUUUGAUGAAUUGAAUGUCGGCCUGCAGGAUGAACUGCCGACUCUGUGGGACAGUCGGGUCGGCUUCUACAUCAGCACCUUUAAGAGCGUAACCAAACUGGAGGCCAAGUUUCACCGCGAGAUCUCUCUGGUUUGCAGACAGCUCUAUGAAGUGAUGACCAAACUGGCUGAGCAGCACUCUGACAAAAUGUUCACCAUCCAAGGAGCUCCGAGUGAUUCCGGGCCGCUGCGACUCGCCAGAACCCCAUCACCUCCAGAUUCUGAGAGUCCACCUGACAGUCCCGAUGCCAGCUACAACCACACGCUCCGCCCUGUCUCACCUGGACCGCCACGGCCCAAAUCCCCGAUACAGCUUAAAAAGGGGCCACCGGUGCCUCCACCACCGAAGGUCACACCUACCAAGGAGGUGGCAGAGGAGCAGAUCAUCGACCUGUUUGGAGGAGAAUUUCUACCAGCACCUUCGCCAUCACAGCCCAAUGAACGGCCGGGACAAUCUCUUCUGGACAUGGACUUUGAUGCUUUUCAGCCAGAUGACAGUGUUUCGCCGAUACCACAGACAGCUGUGCCUUGGGAUAUGUGGUCGGCAAACGCCCAAACAGCUGAGCCUGCUGCAGACACUGGCUUCGUCGCCGACUGGUCUGCUGACUUUGGUUCAUUGUCAGCAAAUGGAGAUGCUGCAGCAGUAGCCGAGGCCCCUGCUGUAGGGCCGGAGGGGGCGGUGGGCGGGGCUCAGGAUUGGGCACAGGAUGGGGUGCAGGACGGGGAGCAGGCAGAUGGCUGGCAGCCAGCGGCUGACACAGCUACACCUCUUCAGGACAGAGAGGCAGCCACAACAUCUGAAGAUGAGGUUAGAGGCUGGAACUCUGAAACUAACUCCAACGUUCAUCCCUCUGCAUUCAGAGGCGAUGAAGAUGAGACAGGUCAGGCAAAUUCAGAGGGAGAUGCAGCAGGGCAGGAAGACCGCAGGAAGUCCACCCCAGGACUUAUAUUUACCAAUGAGUAUGGUGAAGAGAUUGAGCACAGCACAGAGGACAGAGCAGACAAGUGGUACAGGUCUCCAGACGGGUCGGGAUCUGAGUAUGAGACCGCUGAGGAGUGGGCUGAUGGGUGUCAGGUGGGAGGCUGGGCAAGUGCCGAUGAUGAGCUUUCAUAUGAUGACCGUCCCCCAGGGAACGUCUCAGAUGGGUUGGGAUGUGAUGAUUGUGGAGCAGUAGAUCAGUCUCAAACUAUAGAACAAGUUUCAUCAGAGGGCAAUGAAUCGGACAGAAGCUGUUCAGCUGAAGAACUGCCAAGUAAACCAACUGAUCUCACGUCGGUUUACACAGAUCGUUCUGAAAAACAGGGAGGGGGUGCGCUUGAUUCAGAUCCUUUUGCAGAAAAACAGGGAGAUGCGUUUGAUUCAGAUCCUUUUGCAGAAAAACAGGAAGGUGUGUUUGAUUCAGAUCCCUUAACUGAAAAACAGGGAGGGUGUGUGUUUGAUUCAGAUCCUUUUGCAGAAAAACAGGGAGGAGGUGCGUUUGAUUCAGAUCCUUUUGCAGAAAAACAGGGAGGUGAGUUUGAUUCAGAUCCUUUUGCAGAAAAACAGGGAGAAGGUGCGUUUGAUUCAGAUCCUUUUGCAGAAAAACAGGGAGGAGGUGAGUUUGAUUCAGAUCCUUUUGCAGAAAAACAGGGAGGUGAGUUUGAUUCAGAUCCUUUUGCAGAAAAACAGGGAGGAGGUGCUUUUGAUUCAGAUCCUUUUGCCGAAACACAGUUUGGAGACAAGGGGGCUGGUUUUGGGUUUGAUCAGUUUGCCUUAGGUGAAGGUGCAGUUGUGUCCACCGGGGAUGGAAGAAGUGGGUGGGAUUCAGACCCUUUUGCCAACAGUUUCCCAGCAGCCUCUUCGGGGACUGAGGGCCGAGCCUCCAACACAACGUCUUGGCAGGAAGUUAGUCACAGCAGUGGCUUCGACUCUCCUGUCCCCCAACAAAACUCUGCGUCUGCAGCUGUUUCUGGAACAGCAGAAGGAAUUAAAGAUUUAAACGUUACCAGAAUUCACAAAGAACCAGAAAAUUCAGACAUGUCUGAAGACGAGGCUGCGAACCGGAGAUUUGGAAAGUUGUACCCAGAGCUAGAUACAGAAAAGGAAGAGGUGACCAAUGCAUUUAAUGGAUUUUCACAGGAUGCCACUGCACCAUCAUUUUUUGCAGAUUUUGAUAAGAUGAAUGAAGUUAACCCUGAAUCAACUGAGGCUCCAGAAACCUCAGAGACAGAAGCUGCUGAAGUACAAGACAAGCCUGCAGCUCCCCCUGCUGAAGAAAAGAUGGAGGAGUCUUCACUUCCCUCUGCUGGAGAAAAGAAAGAUGAACCUACAUCUCCUGCUGGAGAAAAGAUAGAUGAACCUACAGCUCCCUCUGCUGGAGAAAAGAUAGAUGAACCUACAGCUCCCUCUGCUGGAGAAAAGAUAGAUGAACCUACAGCUCCCUCUGCUGGAGAAAAGAUAGAGGAACAUGCAGCUCCUCCUGCUGGAGAAAAGAUAGAGGAACAUACAGCUCCUCCUGCUGGAGAAAAGAUAGAGGAACAUGCAGCUCCUCCUGCUGGAGAAAAGAUAGAGGAACAUACAGCUCCCCCUGCUGGAGAAAAGAUAGAGGAACAUGCAGCUCCCCCUGCUGGAGAAAAGAUAGAUGAACAUACAGCUCCCCCUGCUGAAGAAAAGAUAGAUGAAGCUGCCGCUCCUUCAGUUGGUGAAGAAGAUUCUGUGGAAAUUUCUUGCAGCCUUAAGGAGAAGCCUGAUUCGAUGGUUGGGUCUCCAGACUCUGAGAAGGCAGAACUUAGUGAGAUUCCUCCUGUUGACGAAGACAAACCAUCUCCAGGUGAAGCAGCUCCAUCGGAAAAGAUGCCGAUCCCCUCUGUGGUGAUUGAGCCUGCCUCCAGUAAUGAAGGUGAUGAUGACCGUGAUGCUGACAUCAUCUCUCCCACCGCCAUUAGUGACAAUGGUGUGACAGCUAUCAAACACAUGAGUCCAUCUGGGGGAGUGAUGGGACUCCCUGAUGACUUUCUUUACAAGGUGGAGACGAUGCAUGACUUUGAGGCUGCAAAUUCAGAUGAGCUGGAGCUAAAUAGAGGUGAUGUGGUGUUGGUGGUUCCCACUGCGUCAAUAGAGGAUCAGGAGGCCGGAUGGCUCACAGGGUUCAAAGAAAGUGAGUGGUUGACGCUCGGCACUGGUGCUCACAAAGGACUUUUCCCAGAAAACUUCACUCAGCGUCUGGAGUAAAAGUCUCUUCAGCUGGUGGAAAGAAAUGAGCAGAAGUUUAAGUACAAGCUGUCCAGUCAGCAUGUAGCCAACCCCUGAACAACCCUGCUGCAUCUGUCUGCUGGACAACACAAAGCUUUCUCUGUUAUAUCAAACUACAAUCUACUGAAAAUAAAAUUCAUGGUAAUAAAAAGUAGAACUAUUCCCAGCAUAACUGAAAACUAAUAAGCAUGACGUGAUAGUAUGGUCUACCCUUCUCUGGAAUUGAGAUGUUUUUUGUUGAGAACAAAAAGAUGUAUGAUUUAAUGGGAAUGUUGCAAUCUCUACACGUUCACACCUACAAAAAGCAGUAAAAUGGUUUCUGAAGAAAAAAAGAAAAACGUAACCUUUUUUGCACCCAGUGUGUUGUACUGAUUUUGUUUCUCAGCUGUGAAAUAUACCAGAAUCUAUAGUGCUGUGAUCUAUUUAAAUGUUCUUGAGUGUAACAUGAAACUCUUGAGUUGUGUUUUUCAGACACGUCAUUGUUGUUAUUUAGUGUAUUUCUGUAAUAUCACAGUUGAGCGUAUGUGGUGAUCUUUUCCUUGGCAUAUUUGGUGAUGAAUUAAGUCACUGGCAAGUGUUGCUGUGUUUUUGCCAAAAUAAUUUUGACAUUUAUCAUCUUAGCAUUGGCAAACAAACCACUGCACAUCCAGCAUGAACAUCUUUUUAUCAAAGUCAGUAUUCAAAGAUGGAAGAAAUUAAAUAUCUGCCUCCUGUUAAAAUGAUUAUAGUAAAACUGUAUAAUGAAAGAUAUCUUAUGAAAAGUGUAUUUGCAAGAAACGGAGCCAACCAGAAGACAGUUUAAUCUCAUCGGUGUAUGAUCACAGGGAAGGUAUUAACAAAUGCAAUAUGCAAUCUAUGUUGUCGGUAUAUUUCAGGUCUCCAUAUUCCCAGAGUUCUUCAGAUCAACAAAGAUGAUGUCACUUCCUUUGAUAGUAAAGCUAACCUAACCCUAAAGUUACACUGAAAUGUAAACCUUUUUUGUGAUGUACAAACCAUAAAUAUUUAUGUCAAGAUCAAUAAAUAAGACUUCAUGAGGUA